GCUCCGGUCUCCGUCCGGUGCCCAGCCCCGGCUGUGCUUCCCAGAGCAAGCUCCAGGCUCCGCAAGACCCGCGGGCCUCCAGGAUGCAGACACCGCACAAGGAGCACCUGUACAAGCUGCUGGUGAUCGGCGACCUGGGUGUGGGCAAGACCAGCAUCAUCAAGCGCUACGUGCACCAAAACUUCUCCUCGCACUACCGGGCCACCAUUGGAGUGGACUUCGCGCUGAAGGUGCUCCACUGGGACCCAGAGACGGUGGUGCGCUUGCAGCUCUGGGACAUUGCGGGUCAAGAAAGAUUUGGAAACAUGACAAGAGUUUAUUACCGGGAAGCUAUGGGGGCAUUUAUUGUUUUUGAUGUCACCAGACCAGCCACAUUUGAAGCUGUGGCAAAGUGGAAAAAUGAUUUGGACUCAAAGUUAACGCUCCCUAAUGGUAAGCCAGUGUCAGUGGUUCUGUUGGCCAACAAAUGUGACCAAGGGAAGGAUGUGCUUAUGAACAAUGGACUCAAGAUGGACCAGUUCUGCAAGGAGCAUGGCUUCGUAGGAUGGUUUGAAACAUCAGCCAAGGAAAACAUAAACAUUGAUGAAGCCUCAAGAUGCCUGGUCAAGCACAUACUUGCAAAUGAGUGUGACCUCAUAGAGUCUAUAGAACCGGACAUUGUGAAGCCCCACCUCACAUCGCCCAAGGUUGUCAGCUGCUCUGGCUGUGCCAAAUCCUAGAAGGCUCCUCUGCUGGCAUAUGACAGAAAGAACCCGUGGCCCUCAUGAAUCGUGCUUCAGUUUUUCCUUAUUACCAUUUUGGGUAAGCGUCAGGAUAGGGAAGCACAUGUGACAAGCCAAAGAUACAUGACUGUAUGUUUCCUGUCAAAGAGGAACAGCAAAUGUGCUUUAUGUGUUUUCCCACCCCAUCAGCACAGUGUUUACAAGCUUUUAAAAUAUUAGUCUGUCACAAUAUGCUGUUUUAUCAUUGAGCAAAGCCACUCAGGGACACAGACAACCCUGAUAUUCGUUCCUUUAAAUCAACAAAGGCUUCUGGUCUUCUUGAGAAGAGGAAUAACAGAGCAAGGCAGAGGUCAAGCUAAGUGUGGGGAUUUGUCUUGCCCUGGUGCGUCUUUGUUCAGAGUCGUGUGCACAGGCAGCCUGGGCUUUUGUUGUCACUUGCUGUGCCCUGAAUGCUGGUUUAACUGAAAACUGUAUGGAAAGAUCUGCUCCCUGUAUGUGCCUUUCUUUCAGCUUCCUCUGACUCAAGCUGCGGGACUCCUCUGUACAUGUAAGAUAUAUAUAUUUUUCACAAGUGAAAAAUAAAACAUUAAAAAUGCUGUUUCCCUGUUUCUGAUAUUGCCUUCUUAGUACUGUGGGGUUUUUUUUUUUUUUGAAAUACAACCAUGUUUCUCAAAAUGCAUUUCUACAUUUGAUUUGAGAAAAGAGGUAAGGUAUUGGGAUGUGUGCAUUCUGUCUUCACCAACUGUUUCAUUCAGUAUUUAGGUCAAGAAAAUAAUCAGUGUUUAUGCAUUUUUGAUUAAUCAGGGAAACAUAGCUUCAUACAUUCUGACCAAGAAGGUGGCAGAGCAUUGAAUUUAAAAACAAAACAAAAACAACAGUUGAAAUGUUGCAAGUGGGUAACAUUUUUAAUAAAACUAUUUCCCUUUGAUAUUCAUAGUAUACUCACAAUGACUUCAACUUUUACAACAUAUAUUUUUUUCAUAUUCCCUUGACAUUCAUUGUUUCUGUAAGCUCCACACCCAUGUGCUAGUGCUGUAUUUCUUUUUCCCUUAGCAUGUACCCUUAUCCCUGAUGCAGUUGACCCAUGAGGCAGAUAGCCCUGAAACAUCUAGGAAUUAAUCUUUCUUGAAUCAGCUUUCACCCAUGAGAACAAGAAUGAACUAUUAAUGUUCCCCACAUUUCUUUUUACUUGCAAAGGAUAAUUCCAAGACAUGUUCCUAGUGUUGCUAAGUAUCUGGUUUUUAUAGAGGUAAUUUUCCAUUUGAUUCAUCCCAGAUUAUUUCCUUAUUCCUCUGGUGAUGUUCUCUGGGUAACCUUCCAAAUAAACUACAUUCAUGUAAAUGCAGGUCUUAGGAGGAAGGCAACCUAAGUUUGUUAAGACAGAGGUGAACCUAGGGGGUAGAUAGUUAGUAUAAGAUGCCUAAAUUGAAUCAUUUACAAAAAGUCACAGUCAGGAUGGAUUCAGUGCUCAUGAGCAAAGUUGUUAGUAGAAGUGCCAAGUUGCUAAGAUUCUCAUGAGGUGGAUAGAGAACAGAUCAGCAGUAAAUAUGAUUCUAUCAAACUGAAACUUUUGCACACCAAAGGAAACAAUCAGUAACAUGAAGAGAUGAACUACAAUAUGCAAAAGAUAUGUCCAAACUAUUCACUGAAAAAAGUAAUAUGAAAAUAAAUAGGUACUCUAAAAACUCAAUGUCAACAAUAAUAACCUAAUAAAAAUGAUCUGAAGAGAUGUUCUUCCAAUAACAAAAUAUCAAUGGCCACACAUCUAUGAAAAAUAAACAUAGAACAUUACUGGCCAUCAGAAAAAGUCAAAGCUAAACCACAAUAUGAUGUAAUUCUACUCUAAUCAGAAUAGCUAACCACACAAAAGAAAAAUAAGAAAUGUUGGUGAAAACAAAAUGAAACUCAUAUUGAUAGGAAUGAAAAUUAAUGUAACAGCAAUGAUAAACAAAAUAAAGAUCCCAUUAAAAUCUGAAAAUGUAUCUAUCACAUGGUUUAGCCAUACAUUUCUUGAUCUAUACUCAAAAGGAAAUGAAGUAAUUUAUUUUCAAGCAAGUAUCUACACUGGUGUUCUACAGUAUAGUAAGGUUAUUGUAGUCAACAUAUUCAUGAAAAACUGAGAGAUAUGUUCUA